AUGUUGUGCAUACCACCGUCUAACCCGCCACUUGCCACUGACACCCCGGCCCCGUCGCCGUCCCCCCUCCCCUCGGCCUCGUCGCUGCCCUUCAUCGGCCACGUCGCCGCCCCUCCGCGGCCCCUUCGCCGCCCUUCAGCGGCCCCAUUGCCGCCCUUCCGCGGCCCCGUCGCCGCCCUUUCGCGGCCUCGGCGCCGCCCUUCAGCGGCCCCGUCGCCGCCCCUCAGCGGCCUCAUCGCCGCCCUUCAGCGGCCUUGUUGCCGCCCCUUGCGGCCCCGUCACCGCCCUUCGCGGCCCUGCCGCCCUUCCUCGGCCCCUCAACCGCCCUUCCCGGCCCCGUCGAGCAACCGAGCCGCCGUCACUGCCGAGCUGCCGAGCCGCCCUUGCCACCGUGCCGCCGAGCUGCCGAGCCGCCGAGCAGCCGAGCUGCCGAGCCGCCGAGCCGCCGAGCUGCCGAGCCGCCAAGCCGCCGAGCCGCCCUGCAACCGAGCCGCCAAGCCGCCAAGCCGCCACGCCGCCGCAGCCGAGACGCCGCAUGUUCUCACCUUUGACGCUAAGGGUCGGGCUGUUGUCUUUGAGGUCUGGGUAGAUGAUCUGCAGCUUUUCCUACAGUGCGAUAGGGCAGACGUUCUCUCUCUGUUUGACCUCACCUCUGGUGCCUCUCCUGCCCCUGCUGCUGAUGCUGACGCCACUGUUCGCUCACAGUGGGCCACGCGCGAUGCUGCUGCUCGCCUUGCUGUGCGCCACCACUUACCGACCGCUGAGCGCGCGCAUUUUAGUCAGUACAAGAGUGCUAAGACCUUGUACGACGCUGUCGUUGCACGCUACUCUUCCCCUGCCACUGCUGCCCUUAGCUGCCUCAUACUGCCGUACCUCUUCCCUGACCUCGCCGCUUUUCCCACAGUCGCUGACCUCAUUACGCACCUUCGCACUAGUGACACUCGCUACCGCGCUGCACUUCCUGCUGAGUUCUGCGCCAAGAACCCCCCCCCAAUGUACAUCACCCUCUACUACAUAGUCACCUGGCUCCCUGACACCCUUCGCUCGGUUAGGGACCACUUCCUCUCUGUUUUCCCCACCACCCUCACCGUUGACCUCCUCGAGGAGCGCCUCUAG